CGAUUACCAUUCCCCAUUGCCUCUGUCUUUCUACAUCAAAAACUACUGUUUUCUCUUUUCUCUCUGUGAAAUUCAUAACUACCAUUUUCUACAUUGAAUGCCUCCUUUGGUUCUUAUACCACUACAUUUCCUUCCAGAUCGGAGCUCCAGCUUCCGUUCUUUUCUGCAAUCGAAGCACCUCCAGUUCUGCAGUUCCUGAAUUCAGCUCUAUCGGUGUUGAAUUUCAGUUUCUGCGGAAGACUUUGAGGGAUUUCCCAGAGAUCUGAGGGUAGAAAAUGGAGGGGACUGUAUUCACCCCCUCUUUGGAAGGAAUGAAGUCCGUGAAGUCUGAUGAAGGGGAAAUGCUGACCAAGCCUUUCUUGGAUGUAUGCAAGCUUGUGCUGCCUGUCAUAGAUAAGUUUGGCGCUGCCAUGGCACUCGUAAAAUCUGAUGUGGGGGGCAACAUAUCAAGAUUGGAUUCCAAAUAUUCUUCCAAUCCUUCAGAAUUCAAUCACUUGUACACUAUGGUACGAGCAGAGAUUGAAGCUAAAACAGCAAAAGCUUCUUCGAGCUGCACUAAUGGUCUUUUGUGGCUAACAAGGGCCAUGGACUUCUUGGUAGAACUCUUCCGCAACUUACUGGAGCAUCCGGAUUGGACAAUGUCACAAGCCUGUACCGACUCCUACAAUAAGACCUUGAAGAAAUGGCAUGGCUGGCUUGCCAGUUCUAGUUUCUCUCUUGCCAUGAAAUUUGCUCCAGAUAGGAAGAAAUUUAUGGAGGUGAUUGGGGGCUCUGGUGAUGUCAAUGAUGACAUGGAGAAAUUCUGUGCAAGCUUCUCUCCUCUUCUGGAAGAGAACCACAAGUUCUUGGCUAGUGUUGGCCUGGAUGACCUGACAGCUUCUUGAAGAAGCGGACUCUACUUCAAAUGAGGUCUCUUUCCAUUUGCCCUUCCCCUUCUCCCUUCCCCUUGAUUCUCACAAGCAGUUAGUGUUGGAAUCAUAAACUCUGAGCAGAUAAUUAGUUUUAAUACUUAUCUGACAAUUCAAACUGUAAUAUGUCACCAGCUUGUUAGAGGAGCUGGUAUAGACUGUAGUGUAAGUGAUCUAGGGUUCAAUCCCUAUUAGUGUUACCUUUACCAAAAAAAAAAAAAGAAGGUUACAACAUCUUUACGGAAAGUGAAUAAUAUCUAUCCGUAUCUUGUUUGGUGA